AUGAUCUUCAUAAUUUUCUCCAUCUGCAUACCUUUAGUUCAUUCAGCGUCUCACAUCUUCAUCACUACAUACACUGGAGUAAAUGGACAGAUGUUUGAAGAAACUCCAGAGUUUUCUGCUGUAACUACACUAGAUGGACAGCAGAUUGAUUAUUAUGACAGUGAGAUAAAGAAACUGAUUCCCAAACAGGACUGGAUGGAAGAUUAUGCAUCUAAAGACCUGUGGAAAGCAGAUACUGAGAUCAGAGAAAAUGUUCAGCAGAUCUACAAAAAUAAUAUUCCUCGUUUAAUGCAGCGAUUCAAUCAGACACACGGUGUUCACACGUAUCAGAGGAUGUAUGGAUGUGAUUGGGAUGAUGAGACUGGAGUCUCACGUGGGUUUGAUGAGUACAGUUACGAUGGAGAGCGUUUCAUCUCAUUGGACCUGAAGGAGAACAGAUACACUGCAUAUGUACCACAAGCAAUACCCACAGUGAUGAAGUGGAACCAUGACAGAGAACAACUUGUCUAUCUAAAACGAUACUACAGAUAUGAGUGUGUUUACUGGCUGAAAGAGCUCUUACAUUACUCUAAAGCUUCUUCUGAGAAAACAGGUAAAGUACCAGAGUCAACAGGACGGAGUUUGACAAAGCCAGCUGUCAAUGACAACAAGAGUGAUGACUUCAAAAAUAGAUAUUACAAAGAUGUUCACAGUGAUGAAUGUAAUGAUGAAACCUCCGUAACCAACGGAAAAAGGAGGCGGGACCGGGAACACAAUCAAAUAAAGCUUCGGCCCACCUCACUCAUCAAAAUUAACAUUUGA